UACGUUUCAAGCUUGCUAUGCGACUUUGACGUUUUCAGAUAUGAUCUAGUGUUUCGGUUCGUUCUUGUUAGAUAUUUCAUGAAUAUGGGGUGUAUAUUUUCAUGGUUUCGUAGCCGAUCCAAUCCGCAACAUUUCGAGCAGGUUCAGGACGAGGCACCUAAAGUAUACUCAUGGGACAAAAAGGACCGAUCCAAAGCCCAAGACUUCAUCAUUGAGAAUCACAAAGGGGAAAUUCUGGGACGGAUGCCAGGGACUGUUGAUGGCCAACAGCUGGUCAUACAGAAUUGUCAGGAGUGUAACAUCUAUGUAUUCGAUUACUCAGCAACAGUGAGCAUAGAUGACUGCACUAACUGUAACAUCAUUCUUGGCCCUGUCAAACAAAGUGUCUUUGUUCGAGAUAGCCAUGAAUGCCGUCUUGUGGUAGCUUGCCAGCAGUUUCGAGCCCGUGAUUGCCGCCAUAUUGAUUCCUUCCUUCUGUGUGAAACUCAGCCAGUUAUUGAGUCUUCCUCCAAAAUGCGCUUUGCCAGCUUCAAAUUUAACUACCCAGAACUAGAAAGUCAUCUGAAAGCGUCAGAGUUGAGCAUAUUCAACAACAACUGGAGCAAUAUCCAUGACUUUACACCUGUCCCUGAGGAAGGGCUCAACUACACAUAUUUACCUGAGGAUGCAAAAGUGGAGGAUUUCAUUCCCUUGCCAACAGCUGAGCCUUUCUCCACCAUCUUAGUCAGUACAGAUGCUAAUCAUUGCAUCAUUCCUCAGACAUUAGGCCUGCGGCGCAAGCCAUCAGAUGAGGGUUGCCUGAUAGUUUUCUUUAAUGAUGGCGGUUCCCACGACAGGGCUGUCAAUCUCAUUCAUCUUAUGAAGAGGCAGCAUCCUGACUGCCCUCUGGUGCAGACUAAGGAAAUAAUAAUGCACCCAGAGGAUGCAUUUCGCAUUUUCAGUACGCAGUCCUAUGCAUCAGCUGUCAAGCAAGGUGCUGUCAUUGGCUUGGAAUUCUGCGGCCCCCAGGUGAUGAGGAAGUGCCAGGCAUGUGUAGUGGCGAUUAUGACAGGUACCACAGGACUGGUCUUUGUCAGCCAGCAGGCAUCAUCAGCACGCAGCCAGAUUAAUAGCUUCUUUCAUUUUGCCAACAUGCAAAUGGGCCUUUAAUCAGGAACUUGUCAUGCAACAUUUGUACCUUGUCAACAGUUUGACCUAACUGGGUCAAAAAGCCUGAAUAUCUGCAUGUCCUGGAUUGCACAUUUGUUUGCAUCUUUCUUUGGGGAGGGUCAAUAUUUAUGAUGUACAAGGUUUUAUCAAGCCUGACCCUGAUUUACAACUCCUUGUAUUAUGAGAUCAUCAGGAGACAUUGAUGGCAGUUCUAUUGCAAGGUUGACUAAUUAUGCAUAAACCUCACUGGAAGGUAAAAAAAAGAAAAGAUCUGCGGGUGGCUUGUGAAAGAUGAGAAGUUUCUGGUUCUGUUUAUCAUUGACAGGAGUAUGGAAACACUUCUGCUUGAUGUCAGUGAGUGUGCACAUGUGUGUUAGAUGGGGCUCCGCCCUCGUCUGUUGACAGCAAAUGCAGCAAUGUGGACAAGAACAUUUUCUAGCAUUCAACAGCUUUGCAUAAGGAAAAGAUUUUGAUGUGUUAGCCAGCAACAAUGAUGAUGGUGCCUUUUUCUUCCUACCACGCAAUAUAACAUGUUUCAUGGUUUGCUUGUACAAAGUAUUGUCCUCAUUUCAAGCCUAUGAUCAUGGCUCCAAUUGAUGCAUGCUCUGCACACUGCUUUAUUACUGAUUUACAAUAACUCGUGGUGAAAACUGGCAUGUCUGCAGAAGGAAAGGGCAUUUUUGACCUUGCAUUAAAAAAAAACAAAAACAACAGAAAAUGAAACCACUUUUGCAGCUGUUAUGUAGAACAGUGUCAUUGGCUGUCAUUCUUGUUCUAUUCUACUGCAACAUGCCUGUUUCAAGUUUGUGCAGAUGUGUUUGUACUUAUGCAGACAUAUGUUUAUCCCAUAUUGCAUGUCUAGCAAUUCAAAGAAUUUUGUGUCUGGUGUUUAAACUUUCAGGUAUUUUUGAACAAACCAUUUUAAUAUGUUUUUUUUUUUGUAAAAUGUAAGAGAAGCAUCUCUCUUUUUUCUUUCCUGUUUCUGUGACCCGCCAGCUUUUUGUUUGUUAUCAAGGGCAGAUCCUUUGAGGAAAAUGUAUCAGAAUAGGACCGACUUAUAUCAGUGUUACAGAUGGUGCUGUCAGGCUUUUGAUAUCAAGAUAUUUGUAUUUGAUUUUGUUUACUAUCAAGAGAAAUGAAACCAUUAUAAAUGUUUAGAUUAAUUGUACAGAGGGUUUAGAGUCAUGUUGGAUUGGCUUCAGGUCAUCAGGAGAAGCUGAGUACUACGACAGUUGAAAAAGCUUUAAAAAGUUUAAUCAUAAAUUGUUGGACUGUGUGAUUAAAUCAUCCAGCAUACUACAGCUCCUGCAAAAACUUUUUUGAAAACUAAAUUGUUGCUCAUUAACUGCAUGUAUGCUAAAUAGUCCAAAGAUUUUACUGUCAUACUGACUGACAGUAUCAGAAGCAACUAUGGAAUCCUUAAGCUCAGGGUUAAAAAGUGACAAGGUUCAUUCUUGCAGUUAAAAGUUAAAAAAAACAACAUACAGAUCACGCUUACAGUUAAAGGAUUAGAAACGAAGUGACAAAAUCUUUGGUUAAAGGAUGAGAAGUGACACGCUGACUCCUGCUGCUAUAUGAAUGAUUUGUUAUUGAAGGGGCAUGUGGACUAUGCUCUUGCUUUAUACAGUCAUUAAAUCAUUGAAGCAUGGUGUUCCAUGAUGCUAAAAGUUUGUAUAUACUGAGAGAGAUUAUUUCUUCCUGCAGUUUUUCCUUCCUUUGUUUUUUCUUUGGUUUUUGUUUUCAUUCACAUUGUUCACCAUCAUUUGUAUCAGUCUUAAAUGUUUUUGCUCUACAUUUGUUUAUUUUGAGAUCUGUAAACUCUUACAUCACCAGGAGUAAAUACAAACACACACUCUGAUCAGCUUAACCCUGCUGAAUCACUACUGGUGAAAGCAGUUUUGCAGUUCUACUGAGGACUUGAAUGUCGUCCUUUCUUGUUUUCUUUGUUUUGGAGUUGUUUGUGCCUCCUGAUGCAGAUUCAUUCCAUUGAAAACACUGAAAUGAAGCUGUGUUUUAAACAGCAGGAUUGUGAUAUAUUUGUCUUUAUUUAAAAGGGAAUAGUCUAGAGCAUAAAGAGGCUUGAGAAGGAAAUUGUGACAAUGCUCACAGUGCUGAUGUUCACCAUGGCUGUACAACUCCUGGCCAGUAUCUUUGAUGAACAUGACUUGUUGAAACUGACAUGACUUCACCAUCAGCAUGGUGUUAAUGCAAGGAAAUGUCUCUUUUAUACAAGCAUAACAGAGCUUGAUAUGGCUCUUUGGUCAGCAACAGCUUUUGUUAUCAGCUUCUCGGAACACAUAAAUGUGACUGGUUAUGUCAUUGUUUUCUAUGCAUUUAGUUGUUACUGUCAUCAGCAGUUAUUCAGUGCAUACCCAUGUCUAGGGCAUUCUUCAGUCUCUCCAGGAUGAUUCUGGUCAGCACCUUUCUAGGAAUUAUGGACAGCGUAAUUCCACACGAGUUGCUGCAUUGAGUCAGGUUACCUUUUUUGGGUAGCUUUACUAGAUAGCCAAGCUUCCAGUCUGCUUGAACUUGCUCCUGUUCCCAAAUUUUCUGCUGCAGGGGUGUAGCAUCUCCGCUACGGCUGUUGGGUCUGCCUUGAGUGCCUCUGCAGGAAUGCCAUCUGGGCCUGCCGCCUUUGCCAGAAUUCAAGGACUUGAUGGCUUUAAUGAUUUCUACCUUGGUUGGUGGGUUGGUGUUUACUUGGAGCCGUUCGGCAACUGGGGCAAAGUCCAAAGUGGUUGUUGGUGGUGGCCAGUUAAGUAUUUCAUCAAAAUGUUCCUACCAGCGAGAUCUUUUUGUUCACAUCCCCGGUAAUGAUGCUGCCAUUCUUAUUCUUUAUUGGGCUGCAUGCAUUGGUGUUUUUUCUUCCUGACAGAAUUCUUGUAAUGUUGUAUAGUCUGUUUGUUUUAUUUUGCCCAACUGCUUGUGCUGCCUCUUAUGCCGUCCUGUGUGAGAACUGUCUCAUCGUCUCUUGCACUCUUCUUCACUUUUUGGUUUAUCUCCCAGUACUUUGCUUUGGGCUAUUCUUUUUUCUACUGGUCUUGACAUUGGUUGGUCUUCUGCUUCAGCUCUUUCCUUUCCUCUAUCUUUUGCCUGGUCCCAAAAGUCAGCCAUUUCUUGUGAUGCUUUCCUUUUUUCCCCAGAACACAUGUGCAGGCAGUCCUCCAUGUCUCUUGUAAUCCUGUCCUGAGGUUGGCCACUGUUUCUUCCAGGAGUCCCUCCAGCGCCACAAACCUGUUUUUAACUUUGCAGUUGAACUAUUCUCGGUUUCUGCAGUCUCUAAUAAACUGCACGUUGAAUUUGUGGUGCAGUCUGUCUGAUGAGUCAAGGAGAGACCUCAGCUUAAUCUUCAUGGUUGCCACAAACAGGUGGUGGUCUGUGGCUGCAUCUGCACCUCGCUUUACUCUGACUUCCAGCAGGCUUCUCCUAAACUGGCGAUUAAUGGUGAUGUGAUCGAUCUGGUUUUCUGUAUGUUCAUCUGGUGAAGUCCAGGUGGUCUUGUGAAUGGUUUUGUGUGGAAAAACUGUGCCUCCGACUACAGGGUCAUUGAACAAGCAGAAGUCUGUGAGAAGAUCACCAUUUUCAUUGCAGUUGCCCACACCAUGCUUUCCCAUUAUGUGUCCUUUGUCUGUGUUGUCAUUUCCAACUUUGGCAUUCAUGUCGCCCAUUAUGAUCUUCAGGUCUCGUUUUGGAGUACGAACAACCAGUUCUUGUAGGAAGUUGUAAAAGUCUUCUUUUUCCUCUUCUUUAGCUUUGUUGGUAGGUGCACUUGAUGAUGGGGAUCUCUCUUCUUCUGGAGUUGAACCUGGCUGACAUGAGUCGUGGGGAAAUUGGUUCCCAUGCUAUUUGUGCUCUUGCAGCCUCUGGUGUCAUCAGGACUGCUACUCCUUGUGUGUGGUCAUGGUCAGGGUCUUCAUGUCCAGAGUAGAUGAUAGUCUCCCCUGAUGAAAGUCUGGUCUGGCUGCUGCCAUUUCACCUUGUCUCGCACAGGCCGAGGAGCUUGAUGCCAUAGUUCUUCUUUUCUUGGACUAUCUUGAGUUGAUUUCCCUCUCUGGUAUAGGGUUCUGAUGUUCCAGGUCCCUAUCCUGGUUUUUGCAAUGGCCGUGAGAAGAUGGAUCGGUGAGCUGACUUCCCAAGGAUUUGCCUGAAAUCAGUAAAACAAGUUUUCCUGCUAGUCAAAGUAUGUUAUGUAUAUUAAAAAUCUGGUAACUUUUCUGACAAUUUCCUUCUCAUAAAAAGGAACCAAGUCCCUCUGCUUGACAGCAAUUACUUUAGAAUAAAUAUGGACAGCAUUGUUCAAACUGUUUCUAUCAUGAAGGGACAAACUACCAACUACAAAAAGAUGAGAAUAUCAAUACAUGACUGAUAAAAAAAAAAACUUAUUCUGGGUAUUUCUAGGUUGUGAUCCCAUCCUUUGCUGACACCUGUCUCUUUUGCUGACUGCCAGUACUAACCUGCUGGCAUAAAGUGGGUUUGAAAAGAGGUGAAGCUGGAAUUUUGUAAGCUAUACAUUGGAGAGAGUGGUGGCAUAAACACUUGAGACAGCUGUGUAUCACACUGAAGACACUUGAGAAAAAGUUGAUACAGCAUGACUGCAGUUUGUUGCCCUUUUGAUUGCAAAAGGGACUCAUGGAUGUUUUGUCUGCAUUUAAGCUCUUUUUGUCACUGUUAAGACACAGUUUGUAUACUCUAUAUGCUUUGUUUGAAUUACUUCAAUAGUGAGGAUUCCAAGAUAAAAAUUCAUGCUCAUUGGGUCUGAUAAUUUUUUUAAAUUAUUCGUGAUGUAUGUUUGCUGAGAUGUGAAUUGUCUCUUGACAUGUCAACAAGAUGUCAGUCUGUAUUCUCAAUGCGCACAAUUACUUUGUAGCCUUGAAGCAUGCACCUUCUUCUUGUGGCCUUUGAUUGUCAGGACAGAGUUGUGGAAAGGGUAGUUGCUUUGUAAGAGGGGAAACCUAGAAGGCAUGAGAGGCCCUCUGAUAUUUUAAGCAACUGCCUUCUGAAUGAAAUGUAGGUUUUCUGGAAAAUUUUAAAGGUAAAUUGUAGCUCUCCACAUGUGAGGACUUUUCCAGUCUUAUCUGAAAGAAUGGUGCACAAAUGUCUUUCUCUGGAAGUUUGUUCUCAUCCAGAAAUUUGUUAUGCUAUUUUCAGAUUGAGAUACUGUUUAAAUAAGUGAUGAUGAAUUUGUAGCUUGUAGAAAAUUAUUUUUCUAGAUUGUCACAAAUAUUUUAUUACUGUUCAUGUUUUCACUGGUGCCAUUUGGAAGUUGUUGCUUGGUUUUGUUUGAUGUUGUGUAAUCUGACAUGUUUUAGUCAUUCCAGUCCAUCCAGAAAACCUUUUUAGCUUAAAAAAUGUCUCCUAGCUGAUUUCAGUGUAAUCAGCAAAAUUAGUUCUUCGUUAUUUCACAUUUUUCCUGUGGGACUGGCAAUAAAAAAAAAAAAACACAUGCUCUAACAAAAGAAAAUCCAUCUCUCAUUUCAAAACGGGCAACAUUUUGAUGUAAUUUGUUUGAUCAUGUAAAACACAGUGAUAAUCUUUUUGGUUGAAUCAUAGUAUCAUGGUUUAGUUCUCCUGAAUGUGUGAGCAGCUGAAGACUUCACUCAUAGAUUGUGCGAUACUAUUUGUAAAAUAGGACAUUUUCCAUUACAUGUGAACUCUUCAGAUGAUAAUGAGUUCAGGUGGAACAUUUCAUAGGGUUAUGGUCAGCCUAGUCAUCAUGAUGAUUAUGAUACCUCCAGUGGUCAGUUAUGCUGUCAAGACAUUGAUGGAUUUCAGUCAAAUGGUUAUUUCUUGCUCUUUUUUAUUCUAAAAUUGUCUCCAUUUUCUCUCCCGCCCCCACACAAUUUAAAAUCAGUUUUAUAAAUAGCUGAACUGAAUGUCAAAACAUUUUUUUUUCCAUUCCCUUUUUCCACAUCAUCAAUCCUGGCAUUCUAAAUGAAAGAAAAUCUAAUCCAUAUAAUUGUACAUGUAUCUGUGUUCCCAUUGUACAUGUAUUAUUAUGUGUUGCAGUUAUGUGUAUUAGUGCUAUGCAUGAAUAUCUGGUGAGUUUCACAUGCUGCACCUACAUUUGAAAGACUGACUUGUUGCCAUAAUAGUAAAUGUGGCAACUUGUAAGUGUGGUAUGAUAUAACAAUGAAGUUUUGUGGUAUUACAGCAGUACACUUAUUUAAAAAAAUUAAAUAUUAGUCUUGUAA